UUUUUUUUCUAAAAUAAAAUUAUAUCAUUAAAAAAAAGUCCGAGUACAAUAAACUAAUACAAUUUCAAUAAAAUAUAUAUGUGCAGGAAUUAAAUAUAGUAAAGGAUUUAGUAAUGAAAUUUAAUGAGAUUUAAAAAGCGGACGACAUAAAGGUAGCUACUGGAGUAAGUGUCAUAGCAGUUUGUGAUGAAUAUUUUUACUGGAACGAAUGCGUCAAUACGAGGAUAUGUCAUAGUGAUGCAUUAUUUUUGCAAUUACUAAUCUAAGUUGGAGUAAAAUUGCAAUCUACAGAGUGAAAAAUUAAGGAAAUUACUCAUACGAAACUGGAACAAAACUUUUGGAUUGAAUAAAUAAUUUCUGCGUUGAGCACACGACGGAAAUUUUCUUGAUCGUGUAGUAGCCCUUAUAACAUUUGUCUGAAAUGGAGGAUGCACAAGAAGAGCUGCAAUUUGUAGUAGACGAUGUAAGCAAUAUUAUCAAAGAGGCAAUUGAAGUAUCAAUAGGUGGUAAUGCGUAUCAACACAAUAAAGUCAAUCAAUGGACUUCAAAUGUUGUAGAAGCCUGUUUAGGCAACCUCACAAAAUUACAGAAAGCUUACAAAUAUAUUGUGACCUGUACAAUUAUGCAGAAAAACGGAGCUGGAUUGCAUACUGCAAGUUCAUGUUACUGGGAUAAUGCUACAGAUGGAAGCUGCACAGUGCGCUGGGAAAAUAAAACCAUGUAUUGUAUUGUAUCUGUUUUUGGAUUGGCCCUUUAAAUUUAUCUUUUAUCACAAAGUAAAAAAUUCUUUUAUUGGAAAAGAAUAGUCUCUUGGGUAUAGGAUAUAGUGUCACUUGCAGAAAUAAAAUAUCCCAUUAUAAAUUCGCUUGAUGAGAUUUGAUAUUUUGCACAAAUCAGUAGAAAUUAUAGCUAGAAAAAGAUCAAGCCAUUGAAUAUAGUAAAGGCAAAAAUUAAUAUGGUAUGUGAUACAAAUAAUAGGAGAUAUGUACACAUAAAAUAUAGCACAUUAAAAUAUAUUUAAUUGCUUUAUAUAUCUUUUUUUAUAAGAAAUAAUAUUCUUUCUACCAAUGCAUUGUAAUUUUUACAAACUAAGAAUAAGAAAACAUUAACAUCCUUCCUAAUUCUUGUGCUAUUAUUACACAAAAUAUGUAUGUUAUGUAAAAUAAAGAUGUAUUUAUAAAAUA